AUGAGGCACCCAGUUGAUUCAAUGGCAUGGAAGUCAUUCGAUGACCUUCAUCCUUCAUUUGCAAUCGAGACUCACAAUGUUCGACUUGGAUUGGCUAGUGAUGGAUUUCAGCCAUUUCGCAAUUCAAAAAUCUCACAUAGCAUUUGGCCUGUGGUUCUUAUUCCUUAUAAUUUACCACCUUGGUUGUGUAUGAAACAAGAAAAUUUUAUAUUGUCAAUGCUUAUUCCUGGUCCAAAUGGUCCUAGAUAUGCAAUCGAUACAUAUCUUCUGCCUCUAAUUGAGGAAUUGAAGGAGUUGUGGGAAGUUGGUAUUGAGACCUUUGAUGCAUCAACUAAACAAAAUUUUAAGUUGCAUGCUUCUUUGUUAUGGACUAUCAAUGACUUUCUAGCUUAUGGAAAUUUAUCUGGAUGGAGUACAAAAGGAAAAUUGGCAUGUCGAUCUUGUAAUAAAGACACCUCCUCAAUUCGAUUGGCUAAUUGUAGGAAACAAUGCUUUAUGGGUCAUCGACGUUACCUUCCCAAGGAUCACAGAUGGAGGAAUGACAAGAAGUCAUUUGAUAAUACAAUAGAGAAGAGGCGCCCACCAAAAACAUGUUCUGGAAUUGAGCUACUUAAUCAAGUGCAAGAUCUUGAAGGACAACCAUUAAAAAAGGAUCCCAAGAAAAAGAGGAAGAUAUCACAUGAAAAAAGAAAUGAUAAUUGGAACAAGAAAAGUAUCUUUUUUGAACUUCCAUAUUGGAAAUCUCUCUUGUUGCGACAUAAUUUGGAUGUCAUGCAUAUUGAGAAAAAUAUAUGUGAUAAUAUCAUGGGGAUAAUCAUGAAUGUCAAAGGAAAGACAAAAGACACAAUUAACACUCGGUUAGACUUGAAGGAAAUGAACAUUCUGCCAGAAUUGCACCCUAUCCAAAGAGGGGAGAAAGUUGAAGUUCCAACUGCAUGCUACACAUUGUCGCCUGAAGAUAAGCACAAGUUAUGUCUUUUCUUGAAGAAUUUAAAGCUCCCUGAUGGAUUUUCAUCUAAUAUUUCUCAAUGUGAGUUGAUGAUUGAUGACUUGACAUAUAUUGAAGCACAAAUUCCCAUAAUACUUUGCAAGUUAGAAAAGGUCUUCCCUCCUUUUUUUGAUGUCAUGGUGCACUUGCCUGUUCAUUUAGCUGGUGAAGCGCAGAUUGGUGGACCUAUUCAUUAUCGGUGGAUGACAUGUCCAGAAGGUUGUAUUGCAGAGGGCUACAUUGCAAAUGAAUGUAUGACCUUAUGUUCAAGAGAGUUUGCACAAAAUCAUAUAGAUACUGCUCAACACUUGUCAGAUGCAGAAUGGGAUCGAGAAUUUAUUGAAUGGUUUAAAGAUAGGGUUGCACAAUUGCAUAAAGCAGAUAAUAGUCAGUUCAUGGAAGAUCUUCUCUCACUUUCACGUGGUCCUACCAAAUAUUCAACACAUUCUAAUGGCUACAUUGUUAAUGGAUAUAGAUUUCAUGUAGAAGAUCAUGAUCAAAUGUUAAGGACUCAAAAUUGUGGUGUUGUUGUAGUUGGCGAGAGUGAUAAAGAUAGUGAGAAUGUUGAUUACUAUGGAAUUUUAACAGAUGUGAUUGAAUUGAAAUUUAUCUCGGAUAAAAGAGUGAUUUUGUUUGGUGUAACUGGUUUGAUGUGUAUGACAAAGUAA